AUGGCGCCAGAAACCGCAACUGUUGACAGUGGCAACGAGCCAGUCGUUCCUUCGCGACGAAAAGACUGCAGGCGGAUCAGCGGCCCAGGGAUUUCUUCUUCGACAGGCAACGUAUCGACCCUCCCGCUACAAAAUGAAGUUCAGGGGAAAGGUAGCGUACCCGUCGUGGGAGUCAAGGCCGGCCGCGGGGACGGCACUGGUACAGGCCAAGUUCUUCUAAUGGGGGUGAUCAUUACCGGCAUCUACUUUUUCUUCCUGAUGUUCGGCUACUAUCAGGAGCAGAUCUACCAUCAGAUCGACCCUACAACGAACAAGCGGUUUUCCUACUCGUUCUUUCUCGUCUUUGUCAUUUGUGCUUCAAACACUCUCUUUAGCCUGGGACUGCUCUUGCUCCAUAACAGAGGAAACGCAAAGAAGGCUUUCCACACCGUGGACAGUUUCAUCCUCAGAGAGGUUUUCUUUGUUUCUCUUUCAUACUGCGGAGCGAUGCUCUCGACGAACUACGCCCUCACACACGUCAACUACCCAACGCAAGUCCUUGUGAAAUCGGCGAAGAUGGUUCCUAUCGUCCUCGGAGGAUUCCUGAUUUUCCGCAAGACGUAUCCGUGGUACGACUACCUCUCUGUGGCGGUCGUGACCGUUUCGCUGGUUCUGUUCAACUUUGCGAAGGCCGGAGGCAGCAGCAAGCACACAGAGAGCACUGCGUUCGGCAUCUUUUUCCUGUGUGUCUCUCUGUUCUGCGAUGGCCUCACAGGGCCGCGGCAAGAUCGGCUCAUGUCCCGUUAUACCAAUCUCGGGCCCGUCCUGAUGAUGUUUCUGACUAACGCGUACUCGACGGUGUGGACGGGCGUGGCGUCUUUGCUGAUUGAAGGCGACAUGCCUUACGUUUUCUUGAGGCACGACCCAGACGCCCUCGGCAGGUUCGCUGCGUUUGCCGUCAGCGGGUCGCUUGGGCAGCUGUUCAUUUACCAGUCGCUGCGCGCCUUCGGCAGCCUCUACACGAGCUUGUUCACCACGCUGCGCAAAGCCACCAGCACAGUCAUGAGCGUUUACAUAUUUGGUCACCGCCUCACUCUUAUUCAAUGGGGCAGCAUGGCCUCCAUCUUCCUCACGCUGAUGGUUCAGAGCUACUGCUCAAAGAAAUUCAAAAAACCUGGCAAGGCCCAUCACCAGAGCCACCACCGCCGCCGCGGUGAUGAGCACGGGACUGCGGGAGAGGGCGCCAGUCAAACCGUGAAGAAAACAAGCUAA